AUGGCCCAACUGCUCCGAUCAAAAGACUCAGUAGCCACUGCCGCAGCUGCCGCCCAUAAACUUAAUCCCAAGCAGGAACCCUCCUUUUCCCAUACGGCUGCUCCUCCGAUUCAUGCAAAUGCCCACCAUUUUAAUCUUCAGCAAAAACAUCUACAAAACGUUGCCCCCCUGCCCAUUACAGAAACCUCUUCGCUCGUGCUUGUGAAAUCACUCCUUACAGCUUCAUUUGGUUCUCUUGCUUUUGUUCGUGGCCUUUUUGACGAAACUAAUUUUGAUGACGAGACUCUAUUGUAUCCCAGCGAAAUAGAACAAGAAAACGAAGGCGGGGCUGCUAAAAUUAGAAAACCUUUGCGUAUCAAAAAACUCAAGCGUGGAAUCACUCCUCAAGCAGACACGCUUUUAGAUUGGAUUACCCUAGGUGUUUUUGAUUCUCUUGAAAAAAAGUAUCUACAGAAUAUCAUUUUCUCUAUUUUUGCAGACCCCGAAAAUGAAAUGGAUGCUGUCGAAGUUUACACAUUCUCUUUCACAUAUACAGAAAAUAACAAAAUUAAAAUGGAAUUUUCAACAAGCCAUGUUGACACGCCUCUUGCUACAGAAACAACAACAAAUACUCUCAGUUCUAGUUCAAUGUCUUAUGAUAACGCAAAAAAAAAUCUAUACAACUUAGUGAGAAGGUUCAUUCUGAUGGCCCAGAAACUUGGCAAACUUCCUGACUCUCGAUUUCUAUCAAUGAGACUUCUUUAUACCCCCGAAACACCUACCGAGUAUCAGCCUCCUAAGUUUAAAGAUUGCACCCAAACUCCUGAGGCUGACAUCAUUCUUAAUUCUGUUUCCUCUGAUUCCAAGAUUUAUGCUACCGGGAAAUCAGAGGUCGGCCAUUACUCAGAAGCGGAAGCUACUCCUUUGAAAAACAAACAAGUGGCAACCGCUCAGGCCCACUCACGUCUAAACUCCACUACGUCCGGAAGCCAAAUAAAAAUAAGUGAUGAUCUUCAAAUGAUGUUUCAAGAAAAGCAAGUAGAUGAGAUAACCAUGACCCAACCAUUUGAUGCAACAACGUCUGGUGUUCACAAUGAAAUCAUGGUAGACACCUCUAAUGAUCUUCAGGACAACCAGACACAACCAUUUUACCAAAUUUCUAAAGUUGAACCUGUCGUGACGACAUCUUUGUCUUCGUCCUCGCUUCCCGUUGCCGAAACUUUUAAGCAUGAGCAUAAUACCGAUGACAAUAAUGCAGAUUACUUCAACUGUGCCUGUGGACAGAAAGAAAAUACAAUUUUUGAUGGUAUUCAAUGCUCAACCUGUCAUGGAUGGACCCACAAGUUUUGUGAAGGAUACUAUAACGUAGACGAUGCUGAUCUCGAUGCUUUUGAAGACUGUCUUUUUUGUCAACUCCAAAAAAAACUUCAAAGGGGCUUGAACAAAGCAGAUCUAGAGAAGCUCCGCCAAAUUGCAAUUAUUCGCAAAGUUUUUGGAUAUAUCUUGAGUACAAACCUAGCUUCGAACAAACCUUUGCGUCUGGUGUUUGAAACACAAAUUGGUAACGUUUCAUCCUUGGUGCACGCAUCACCUCUGCUUAUAGACCUUUGCCAUGAUUUGGGGUUGGGGCUCAAGGACCUCGAGGAUGUGAUAAUUAUUUUGACCAAAGAAAAAGUCUUUUUUACACUUAAUGAGACUAGCGGAGAUCACCACGACUCGUCACAAAACGGAACAGAUUCUAGUCCUUCUUCUUCACUUUCUUUGUCUGUAAUGCGACGUCUUUCAAAAUCUUGGAAACGAUACACUGCACUUAGGUACCGUUACUUUACCCCAGGACUUGAGUUGCAACCAAUUCCAGAGAAUGUGGCACAGUUUCUUCGGGAUCGAAGAAAUACCUUAUUAUCGGAAGAAAAUGAAAACAAAGAAAAUAUUGGUGAAGAUGACACUACAAUGGUUGAUGGCCAAGUUCCUGAAUCGGUAAAAAGUAGUAAUAAGGGAAAGGAAGAUGAUGACCAAACGAAAAAUCAAACAGAACAAUCAAAGAAGCCAAAAAACAGAGCUGGAGCAAAAAUUGCUAAAAAUGAAAUCAAAAAAGCACCUUCAAAAAUUACAAAAGUGAGCAUGAAAAGAAUGAAGAAAAAAAUUGCAUCAACCGAGCACUAA